GGUAGGAUUGGAGUCAGCAGUCCAUCCUGGCACUGAUGCGCGUCACCGCUGAUGAUUGACAGCUCGACUCCGCCCCUCGUCAACGAUGCCGGUCCCCGGAGGAAAAGAGCGCACAGGCAGUGAACCAGAAGAUGCUCCAGACUUUCAGAAGAACAACAUGUUACUCUAUUUCCUGUCAUUUUAUUCCAGUAAAUAUCAGAAAAGCGCAUCUUAAGUCGCCGUUCUAAACAGCGGCUACAGCACGCCUCCCAGGUGAGCUGCUCCUCGGCGAUGGACUGCACACACACACCGGAGGAGCGAGCAGAGGUGAAGAAGCACCAGCACAAACACAGCCUCACGCGCCGCUUCCAGGUGCUGGAGACGCUCGGUAGAGGCGCGUACGGUAAAGUCAAGCGAGCGGUGGAGAGGCGCUGCGGGAAGACGGUGGCUAUUAAAUCUAUUAGAAAGGAGAAAUUGAGGGAUGAUCUGGAUAGAUCUCACAUCCAGAGAGAAAUCGAGAUCAGUGCCUCUCUUGUGCACCCACAUAUCAUCCGUCUGUAUGAGGUGUUUGAGAGCAGAGAGCGGAUCGUGAUGGUGAUGGAGUACGCGAGCGGAGGAGAGCUGUAUGACUACAUUCAGGACAAACAGAGACUGUCGGAGGAGGAGGCCAGACACUUCUUCAGACAGAUCACCUCUGCUGUGCAAUACUGCCAUAGAAAUGGUGUGGUUCAUCGUGACCUCAAGCUGGAGAAUAUACUUCUGGACAAAGACUUAAAUGUGAAGUUGGCUGACUUUGGCUUGUCCAACCGCUACACAAGAGGCCAGUGUCUGGACACGUUCUGCGGGAGCCCACUGUACGCAUCUCCAGAGAUUAUCAAUGGACUUCCUUACCACGGACCUGAGGUGGACUGCUGGUCUCUGGGUGUGCUGUUAUAUGCUCUGGUUUAUGGCUCCAUGCCUUUCGAUGGCACAAUUUACAGCGUCCUUAAAGAGCAGAUCCGCCACGGCCGAUAUAAGACCCCAGAUAUCCUGUCAGAGGCCCGUUCGUUGAUCGGAUGGAUGCUCACAGUGAAAACAGAAGACAGAGCCACUGUGGAAGACAUCGCUAACCACUGGUGGCUAAACCGAAACUGUCCCAAAGCUAAAGAGAUGAAACCGUGCGCCUCCACUCUACCCAGAAAGAAACCUAAAGAAAGCAGAUUGUCCUCAAACAGCAGCUUCGAUCUGCUGUCGCCUCUUGAAUCGUCUUCCCACAACCAGCCCACGAAGGGCAUCCUGAAGAAUCUCUACAAUCAGGUUGAGUACACAGACAGGUCUGUGUCUGCUGGAAACAGUACGGCAGCGACCAGCCAAGACGUGGAAAGAGUCGGGACAGAUAACGGGAGGACGAGGAAGGGCAUUCUCAAGUGUCACGGAAAGUUCUCCGGUGUUUCUCCAAUCACGUCGGCUCCUACGUGGUCACAUGGUUUGGGCAAAACUACCCAGGAGUGUGAAGGAGGUGAGCAGCAGGAGAUGGAGUUUCAGAUCAAGGUCUCCCUGUGGAAAACACACGAGUCCAUAGGUCUACACUUUCCACAGAAUACCUAUUUUGAUCAUGAGCAAUGAUUGUAAAUGCAUUGAAUUUAAUAACAAAGAAUAUCGGUUACACUUUACAGUUCAACCAGUUAACACGAGAGCAUUAAAUAUCAUGAACAAUAUUAUGUAGCAUUUAUUAAUCUAGGUUAAUGUUACUGUAUUAUGUUAUUUAAUUUGAAAAUAUGAAGAAAAAAUAUAUAUUUAUUGUAUUUAUUUAAUUUAUAAAUAAACUAUUGGUCAUUGUUAAUUUACGUUUGUUUGAUUGUAAUGUUAUACAACUAUUGAAAUAUGUAUUAGAAAUAUGUCGAAAUGAACAUGAACCUAUAUCAAUAAAUGCUGUAUAUCAAUAAUGAAUAAAAAUUUUUUUUUUAAAGUAUUGCCAUAAACACUUCAAAAGUACAUUUUUAAAUAAAACAAUGAAAUGCUUUUAUUCUGCAAGGAUGUAUUAAAUUGAUCAGAAGGGACAGAAAGUACAUUUAUGUUGCAAAUAAAUUCUAUUUAAAGCAAACGUUCUUUUUAAACUUUUUAUUCAUCAAAAUGUGUCAAUGAUAAGUGUAAAAAUGUAACAAUGAAGGAUUAUGUGACACUGAAG